UACAGAGGCGUGCGCGGGCACGAUGCGCGCUCCCGUGCCGACAGAAUUACUAUAACCUCAGACAAUACAUAUCAAAACGAGCUGGGCUUAAAAGAUUUCCGCCUUAUGCAUGUAAAGACAUUUCAGCUAGUUAACGAAUGAUCACCCUAAAUCUCUUUUGAUCGACUGAAAAAAAAAAUCACCAUGAAAUUUUCUGUUGAGAAUCCAAGGAAACAAGUGAAUUGGAACCCCGAGCAAGUGGUGGUUCAGACAAACAUGGCCCCUCCGAGGAAGCUGCAGCCAGGUGUGAUACAGUCCUCCCUGGUUCAGGCCAGUCUAGCUACCAUGCAGAACCCCAUGGGCUGUGAGGUAAAGGCAAAUGAACACUGCCCCCUGCCACGGCUCUCCAUCUCCUCACGCUCAGCGAGCAUAGUGGCCAGCAUGGACGCUGCAGCCGAUGGCUCGGCCAUACACUAUGUGAUGAAGUGUAAGACGGUGCUGGCUGUGUUUGUGGCAGUAGUACUCUACCUGGUGGUGGGUGGUUUAGUUUUUCAGGCACUAGAGCAGCCCUUCGAGAGUGACCAGAAAAACACCAUCACACAGAAGAAAGCUCUGUUCCUCCAAGGAAACCCAUGUGUUUCCCCUGCAGAGCUGGAAGAUUUAAUCAAGCAUUCAAUAGAUGCUGUCAGUGCUGGGGUUAGUCCAAUCGGAGACAUGUCCUAUAACUCAAGCCACUGGGACCUUGGCAGUGCCUUUUUCUUUGCUGGGACUGUCAUCACCACCAUAGGCUAUGGGAACAUUGCUCCCAGCACUGAGGGUGGCAAGAUUUUCUGCAUCCUGUAUGCCAUAUUUGGUAUUCCUCUCUUUGGAUUCCUACUGGCUGGCAUUGGUGAUCAACUAGGGACCAUGUUUGUUAAGAGCAUUUUAAAGGUGGAGGGAAUUUUCAGGCAGAGGCAUAGGCAGAUUAGUCGGACCAAAAUCCGCGUGACCUCCACAAUUCUAUUCAUCCUGGCCGGAUGCAUCGUCUUUGUCACCAUACCAGCUGUCAUCUUCCAACACAUUGAAGGCUGGAGUACACUAGAGUCUAUCUACUUUGUUGUCAUUACUCUAACAACUGUUGGUAUUGGGGAUUAUGUAGCAGGUGGGGACAGAAAGAUUGAAUACAAAAAGUGGUAUAAGCCACUAGUUUGGUUCUGGAUCUUAGUGGGCUUGGCAUAUUUUGCAGCAGUCCUCAGCAUGAUAGGAGACUGGUUAAGAGUCUUGUCCAAGAAGACUAAAGAGGAGGUUGGUGAGUUUAAGGCCCAUGCAGCUGAAUGGAAGGCGAACGUGCGUGCUGAGCUGCGGGAAACUCGGCGACGUCUCAGUGUAGAGGUCCAUGACAAGCUCCAACGUGCUGCCACCAUUCGAAGUAUGGAACGUCGACGCCUGGGUCUGGAGCAGCGUGCACAAUCUCUUGAUAUGCUCUCUCCAGAGAAAAGAGCCAUCUUCUCCAGCUUUGACAGAGGUCAAUUCACCACAUCCUCACAGGAGAGCAUUGAUACAAAGCUAAGCAAUCUCCGAAUGAAGGCAGAGAACUAUAACAAACACACAGCCUCAGAGGAAAACAUCUUUAAUCGCUUUGGCUCUCUCAGUAAGUUGGCCAAGCGCAACAGAAACAAAGACAUGCCACCAAAUAUAGCAGAGGAUGCAGCGAGACUUAGCAGCAACAGCAGCAACAACACACUGGCUGAAGAGAGUCAGGAGGCUCAUGAAGAGGAGGAACAGGAGGAGGAGGUGACACAGAAAGAGAACAACACCAUGUUCACAAAUCUGCCACAAUACAUUGAGCAGAAUGAACAGCUGAAUGGUUUUGUGGAGAGAGAGCAUCAGCCAUAGACAAGCCAAUGAAAAUGGGUGGCAAGCGAUUCAUGAAUGCCAGAGAAUGUGCCUUUCUGUUUUGUAUGCUAUGGCUCAACUCAUUUAGAUGACUCUUGAUCAGUGUCUCUUAUUCUCAAACUAAUAUCACAUCUUGGUUUCCAAAAAUGUGAGCUAUCAGGGAUCAUAGAAUUGCCAGUGAAAUCCUAUCAACUAUAAAGCAUGCUGUAUUUUUUUCUUUCUUUUUCAGAAUUAUUUACUGCUGAUUAUAGUGCCAGAGACUGAUAUAGCAACAUUCAAAUAGGGGUUGUGACCAUGGAUUUCCAGGAGCCAUUUCCUUAAAGAGAAACUGCUGAUGCUCAGACUUACUUUGUGUUCUGCUGUAUCUGAGACGGACAUUUAUAGAGAUGUUUGGCUGUAAACUCUAGGUCAGAAGGUCAAACGGCAGACUGGUUCACUGACACCUUGACUUAAACAGUGAAACUUUGAUAUGAACUGUUUCUGUGCUGUUUCUUGUUGAUCAUUUGCCAAUAUUCCAACAAUAAACAAGAUUACAGAUAGAGAUAUAAAAUCUGUUUGUGAACUUAAGAUCCAUGUCUGUCAGAAUAUUCCAUGCCAACAUGAUGAAUUUCUAUGUAAAUGCAAAUGAAUCAUCCACCCACCUAUUUGAUUCAAUAACCUGAUCGACCAGAAAAAAUCUUCUAUUUUUGUUUAGAUUUAGAGCUUUUGGUAUAGUCGCCAUUAUCUAGAGACAUUUUCUGAACAUUUGGUGCAUUAAAUUCUCUUGUUAAAAGGACCCUAUAAA